AUGGUGGGCAAGGAAUUCAUCGACCUCUUCCGAAGCUUCCAAACGAAUACUAACCUCUCUGUCGAUGACUUUGCUGACCGACUAAAUCUCUUCACUGUCAUUUUGCUACUCCUUUGCACCCUGCUUAUUUCUAUGAAACAGUAUGUUUUCAACUCCAUUUCUUGCUACAUUCCAGUACAGCCGUCUGGCAGCGAAUUUAAAAAUUAUCUGGCCGACUACUGUUGGGUACACGGAACAAUUCCACUUCGGCCUGAUGAGCGAAUGCCUUCCACGCCAGAGGAAUGGAACCUCUAUGAUAAGUAUCGCAGAAUCAGUAGGUUCACUGCCUUAUCUGAUCCUUUUGCUUUAAGUCUAAAAACAGUUGAAUGUGGUUUGAUGCAAUCACGAGAGACCAGGGCAUUUAAUUUCAAUGCACACUUAUUUAAAUCGCCCUACAUUGUGGGGAUUCAAGUAUGCAUUUCCUCGGCUAUCAAUCGAGAUUCCGUUGUAUGGAAGUAA